UUCAGUUGUAAGUGCUGCAAAACAAGCACCAUCAGAGACGCCCUAAAAGCACUUCCAGAUGCACAUGUUCUCAUUGCCUGCUGAAAGGUGAACGGAGCCCACGGCUGGGGUCCCGUUAGGAUGCAUGGCAAGUUUCAGGUGGCUAGGUCUCAUGGUCUCGGGACCAGGGCCCUGAAGGAAGGCUGGAUGCACAGCCCCUCGCACCCCACCCGCCUUCCUCCUGCCAGGAACGCAAGGCAGCCCCUGUGAGCCUCCUCUUCCCCGUUCCUUCCUCACAGCGACCCUGUGAGGUAGGCUAGGCUGGGAGUCAGUGACAGGCCCGGUGAGCUUCGUGGCUGAGUGGGGACUGGAACCUGGUUCUGCGGAGUCCCAGCCCAACAUGCUCCGACCACUAGGAAACACACCGGCUCAUUGUGUUAACCGCCAGCUGAUCUGCUGCUGCGCUGAGGGAAAGCAGAGCAGACAGGGGGCCUUCCGGGGACGGUGCAGGGCUGGUUCCCGCGUGGGAGGCCCUUGACAAGGAGGGCCGUGCGGGUUCGCCUCCCGGCGCAUGAGGGUCCAUGCCUGCCGCCACCGUGGCAACAGAAGCCCCCUCCCACCCGGCCCCUCUGCCAUGUCACAACGUCUCUUAGCAACUGGCUGAAUGUGAUUCCGUCCAGGCCAGGCCCAACGGUUUGGUCCCAAUCCAUCCCUUGAGCCAUGGCCUCCGGCCGAGAGGGAUGCCCCUCCAUCACCUCCGGUCUCUUCGCCUCGUUCAAUUUCAGCAGCCUCGUGGGCCUCAGCUGCCUCUUCUUCACCUUCCCCUGCAGCUGGCUCGCCCUCCACGUCUCCUGGGCAUUCCCCAUUAUCUGCAGCCACCUCUUCAUCCCCACCAUCAUCUUCUUCCUCCUCACGAGCUUCACGGACACAGGAAUCCUCCACAAAGGCAUCAAAGAGGAGCUGGUGAAGCAGGCCGUUACCAUGAACGACCUCGACCAGCAUUGGUGCAACCAGUGCCAGCUGUACUGCCUGCCCCAUACCUUUCACUGCUCCUGGUGCGACACCUGUGUGGAGGAGUUUGACCACCACUGCGUGUGGGUCAACAACUGCAUCGGCAGCCACAACCUGCGCUUCUUCCUGCUCUUCGUGACCUUCCUGAGCGGCUACGACCUGGCCGUGCUUGCCUCCUGCCUGGUCUACCUGGCGCUCAACACCCCGCAGGCCUUCAGCGUGGAGAAGAUUUGCACCGUGCUGGUGACCAUCCCCGCCUCCUUCUACCUGCUGCCGGCGCUCAUCCUGCUCUCCCACCAGAUCAGCAACGCCUGGGCGGCCCACCGCAAGUGCAAGCACCAGGCUUCCUACUCCAGCCCACCUUCCUCCCGGGACCGGCACCCCUGGGCUUUCUGCAAGCAGCAGGGAGCAAAGUACCAAGUCGGGUCAGCCGUGCCGAUUGAAGGAGCCACGGCUUGGGAGCGCGCAACGCCCUCCGCGGGCCUCCGCGUCCUCUGGCGCGCCAGCCCCAGCCCGGCGGUCCCGGCCUGGGCUUGCCGGCAGGGCCAGCCGCGGAGGAGGUGA